AAUGUUUCAAGACAAUUCACAUGCUUGAGUGAUUCAAUGUUUCAAUCUUAUUCCAUGCUUGAGUGAUUCAAUGUUUCAAUCUUAUUCCAUGCUUGAGUGAUUCAAUGUUACAAUUUUGCAAAUAGCCAAAAGGCUUCCUCCAAUGAUUUGCGAUGACCAAACUUUAUACAUGAGCGAUUUCCGUUGUUAAUUUCUGAGCAAAUAAAUACCACGGAGAAAUGUAAGAACGAUCUCACUCGAAAAUUUGCUUUCAUUGAUUAAACAUUAUUUUGUGAAGUCGCAAAGUUUUAAUACAUUUGUGAAAAUGGACAACCUCACUAAUGCUCUCAAUGCAAUGGCCCUUGAUAAAACAAUGGACUCUUGUGAAAUGGAAAUUGUUCCAUCAAUUCGCGAGGAGCCAAUAAAAGAUACCGAAAUGAAAGAGGUGAAUACCAUUUUAAAUCUAUCUCCUUUUGAAAUGUCAGAAAUCAACGAAGCGAUUGAUGAGAUUAACAGAGUCAACUAUCAAGCCGAUCGGAGAAAAGCUCCAAAUGCCCUGAGAAACGCACUGCGGCUUCGGUUGAGAAACAAAGCUUUCGCAUACAUGGAUUCUGUUGUUAAAUUAAAACAAGAGAGAAAAAAACUCAAAAAGAUUGGUUCUAAAGAUUCAAAAAUGCUUGUUAAACUCAUCGAUUUGCACUUGGGGAUAGUCCAGAGAACAAUCAAAAGAUAUUAUUCAAUUAUCCACAUUUAAUUUGAUUGCAAUAAUUUUGAAUACUCAA